AACUGCCCUUGGCUGCAGCAGGAGCACCAUAGCAACACCACAGAAAGAAGAUAUUCUGACCCAUGCUGUCCCAACAACAGGUAUAAAGAUAGCGCCUCGUGACAUGAUGAAGUCUUGGAUUACGCUCAGUUCACUUCUAGGAGCGGCUUUCUGCCUGCCACUUCCUCCUCAUUCCCAGCAUCCAGGAUAUGUCAACUUAAGUUAUGAGAUAUUAACACCAUUAAAACGAUACCAGUCCAUGAUGAAGCAUCAGUACCCCUCUUAUGGCUAUGAGCCUAUGUCUGGAUGGCUGCAGAAUCCAUUGGUUCCCUUGCCUCCAAUGAUGCCCCAACAACAGCUACCACUUCCACAUGCAUUACCAAAACUGCCACCACGCCAACCUAUACUUUUACCUCACCAGCCCAUGGUUCCUGUUCAUCCUUAUCGUCCAACACUCCCCCUUUCACCCCCACAAACCAAUCCUACCUACUGGGCAAACACUGAAAGUCAAUACCCAACAAACACUCAACCAAUAGAACUGCCAAAACCAGAUGUUUCAAACCAACCUGAUCAACCUUUAUUCCCGAUCCAAUCACAGCCUCCUCUUGUGGAAGAGAAGCCACAUGAUUCAUGGCAACCAGCAAGCAAAGGCAAGCAAGAGGAGCUGGUAAAAAUCACUUAAUGGAUUAACUCCAUUGGAAAUUAAAAGAAAAAAGUUUCACUGUUAAAAAGUCCCAAUCAACAUGAUUUGUUUUUAGCCUAUUAUUGAAACUGCAUUGAAAGAAAAA